AUGCGCGGCGGACGCCAGGCUCGUGCCCUCUGCUCCGUGGCUCCGUUUCAGAGGAGGCUCUCUGCGGCGCCUUACUGCAAGCGGCUACUCCCUCAGACUCCAGAUCCGUAUCCUUCAACACCACCCUCAGACCCUCAACUCCCAUCAUCUCAACUCAACCCAAUCGCUCCCCUGCCGCCCUCGAGGUGCUCCUUUAUGUGGUACACGACACCGCUCAGUCCCGUCCGUCACCUCCACUCCGACAAGGGCCCUCAAGAGCAUCCUGUCAGCAUCAGCCUCCCCAGAACCCUUCUUCUUUAUUCCCCCUCACUCAUCUUGUCGCACGCUGGAAUUGCAUCGCUCGUUCUCUGCAGCCUUCGCCAGGGCAGCGGCUAUUUCUGGUCCUUUGCGCCUACCGUCUCGUUGUUUGUCAUUCUCGCUUGCUUCGCCUUGCAGCAUCCAGCAUCCAGGCUCCAGAGCCUCUCUCCCGCUCUCGAAACAACGGCUAUCCGAAACCUGUCCCUUCCCUUCCUCCACACCUCCGCGCCACCUAUCUCAACGCGCUGA